ACAUGAACAUGACACUGAUUCUUACCAAUCCUUAAACUCCUCAAAAAGAACAAAAAAAAAACACCAAAAACAAACUUCAAUCUCAAACCACCAAAACAACAAUCAGAACAACAAAACAACAACAAUGAUGAACAUUUUGGCUUUGAGUUUGUUCAUAACUUCACUCACAACCGCAAGCAUUUUCUCUCCAAAUCCAAACCCAACCCAAAAACAACAACAAUCAAACACAAUCGUCAAAGAAGGACAUAGAGUUGUCGUUGUUGAAUAUGAUCAAGAUGGUCACCAAAACACCAAAAUCUCAAUCUCACCCGAACAAGAUUUCACAAACAUCGAUUCAAGUUUCAUAGAAAACACCAAAGACAGAAUCAAAGAAACCGCUUCUGUUCUUCCAAACAUCGGCCAAGGAAUCUCUCAUAGUCAAGAUUCAUCUUCUUCACGUUAUAAUCUCCACACUCCUAACGCUAGAGAUGCAAAAGAGCUUAUUUGUGACGCAUAUGGUAAAUGCAAACACAAAAUCUCAAAUGCAAUGGAGAAAGCAAAAGACAAAGCAUCAGAAACAAUCGACAAAAAGAAAGAACUCGACAAUGAUGUCGUCGAAGCUUUCGACAAUGCGAAAGAGAGAGUUUAUGAUAAAGCAAACGAGGCGAAAGAGAGAGUUUAUGAUAAAGCAAACGAGGCAAAAGAGAGAAUUUACGAUAAAGCAAACGAUGUUCAAGAAUACACAAGAGAUUCAUUGGAAAAAGCCAAGGAAACGGGACAAACGUUUAAGGAACAUGUUGUUAGGAACGUGACAGAGGCAAAAGAUGGAGUGAAGAAGUUUGUGUCUUUAGAAAGUGUUGAAUCUGUGAUGAGGGUUGCUAAUUUGUUGGGAUUUGCGAGUGGUUAUGGAAUGUGUGUUUGGAUAACUUUUGUUUCAAGUUAUGUUUUGUCUAGGGUUAUGCCUAGACAACAAUUUGCUGUGGUGCAGAGUAAGAUUUAUCCGGUUUAUUUUAGGGCUAUGGGUUAUUGUUUAGGAGUUGCUUUGUUGGGUCAUGUUUUUGGACAUGGGAUUAGACAUGAUAAGAGUGGUGGAGUUUUGCAAAGUUGGAACCUUUUGGCUUCUCUUUUGGCUGUUCUUGUUAAUUCUAUUUACUUGGAGCCUCGAGCCACUAAGUUAAUGUUUGAAAGGAUGAAAAUGGAGAAAGAAGAGGGAAGAGGAAGAGAAGAUAUGACAUCUGUUGAACGAAACAGAACAGAAGAGCAUCUAAGUUCACCUGAUCCUAAAAGAUCAUAUACAACUACAACUACCAAUGUUGUUUCAGAAGGAACAGAAUCUCCAGCACAAAGAAAAGAUCAUGAGGUUGUUAGAGCAAAGAUAAUGAAACUCAAUAACAAGUUGAAGAAGUUGAAUUCAUAUUCCUCGUUUCUGAACAUCCUCAAUCUCAUGUCUCUUACUUGGCAUCUGGUUUAUUUGGCUCAAAAUGUUCACCAAAUUUGCUAAACCAAAAAAAUGGUGUUAAAUGUUAAUUAACUAGUAGUUUUCUGUUUUGGUGUUUGUAAUGAUGUGUUGAUACAUGCAAUGAUUGUAAUCUUAAGAUUUUGUAUCUUUUAUGUUUUGGUUUUUGUUUAGUUUAGACUAAUAGGUUUAUGAUUAGUGUGUAGCAAUACUUGUAGUGUAUAUUUUGUUGGUUUUCAAAAGUAUAAAAGUAUCAUAGAAUUCUGAUUU